UUCUGCAGAGUGGCAGCAGUAUUUCAGCCUGUCCACGGCGCCCCCACCCUGCUGCUGACUGAGUCUGCUUCAUCCACCUUGGACUAACACACCUUCUCUUUGGUUUACCUCCACCUGUGAUCAGAGGAUUCCCCUGCGCUGCGACGGUAGAGGACAGGCGUUAGAAGCCGGUGAGGUGGCCCUCAGGAUGUCACAGGCAGUACAAGUGACGCAGAAGAAGCAGACUCACCAGACUCACCAGGAGGUGCAGCGGGUGCAACAGGUGAAGCAGGUGCAGCAGGUGCAGCAGGUGCAGCAGGUGCAGCGGGUGCAGCAGCAGCAGCAGCAUCACUAUGAGAGCAGCUACCACCUGAGCAGCAAGUCCUCUGUUCAGCAGCAGUCCUUCCUGUCCCACAAGACCAGCAGCCAUCGCCUGAAGGCUGUUGUGAAGACAGAGAAGGGCCAGGAGGUCGUUGAGCUGAGCCCACUGCCGAAGAGAGCCAAGCGUACCUACCUGGCGAUGGACACGGACAAGGAAGUCAUCGGCUACGUGAUCCCGGUAUUCAGAGCUGAUCACGAUGUGGUUCGGGGUUUGAUGGAGGCCCGUGAGGACGAUGUGACAGAGGAGGGGAUCAGUUAUGUGGCCAUGAGGAAUCUGUUUGUGAGGGAGGCCCGGGAAGCUAUGGAGGUCAAGGUGGAGAAGAAAACUAGAACCACACAUAUCAGGGAGUCUGCCGAACGAGUGGAGCUGGGAAAGACGAUGGAGGAAUGGUCUGAGUUUCGUAAGAAGAUGAACCCGGACAGCCUGACACACCGCCCCGAGUUCAUCGUCAAGCCUCGCGGACAGACCAUCUGGGAGGGCAACACUGUGAAGCUGCACUGCACCGUGGCAGGAUGGCCCAAACCCCGGAUCGCCUGGUACAAAAACAACGUCCUGAUCGAUGCCAAGGCCCACCCCGAAAAGUACACCACUGAGAGCAACUACAACAUGCACUCCCUGGAAAUCAAGAACUGUGACUUCCUGGACACGGCGCAGUACUGUGCCUCGGCCCUCAACAUUAAAGGAGAAGUUUCUUCUGUGGCCACCAUCGUAGUGAAAAGGUUCCAGGAAUGUGAAGAACCAGGUCCACUGGAACCAAAACCACACGGAUACUCGCCUGAACAUGGAGUCACCUUCCAAACAACCAUCAUCGACAAAUUUGAGGUGGCUUUUGGCCAUGAGGGGGAGACACUGAGUCUGGGCUGCACAGUCAUUGUUUACCCCACUGUGAAGAAGUACCAGCCCGAGGUGGUGUGGUACAGAAACUCUGUGCCCUUGAAGCCCUCCAAAUGGGUGCACACCCACUGGUCUGGGGAGCGUGCCACGCUCACCCUGACCCACCUCAACAAGGAGGACGAGGGCAUGUACACGCUGCGUGUCAACACCAAGUCUGGAUUCGACUCCUACUCUGCCUACGUGUUUGUUAAAGAUGCUGAUGUGGAGGUGGAAGGGGCCCCCGUGGCCCCCCUGGAUGUGCGCUGCCAUGAUGCCAACAAGGACUAUGUGGUGGUGACCUGGAAGCAGCCGGCGGUGGAGGGCAGCAGCCCCAUCCUGGGCUACUACAUCGACAAGUGCGAGGUGGGCACCCACCACUGGGCUCAGUGCAACGAAAACCCUGUCAAGUACGCCCGCUUCCCCGUCACGGGCCUGGUGGAGGGCCGCUCCUACAUCUUCAGGGUUCGGGCGUUCAACCAGGAGGGCGUCAGCCACCCGUCCCGUGUGUCCGAGCCGGUGAUAGCCAUGGACCCCUCCGACAGAGCCAGCCUCAAAGCUGGACCGUCAGCACCGUUCACCGGGAUGAUCAAGUUCACAGAGGAGGAUCCCACCGUGGGCGUCAUCCCUGGAGAGCCCACCGAUGUCGUGGUCACUGAAGCCACCAAGAGCUACCAACCCCCGAACCCGGUGGUGGACAGCGGAAAUAAGGGCUGCCGUCAAGCAGUUUAUUCAGCUAAAGGUCACUAG